CUUUAGCAGCAGAUCAUAAACAACUGUGAUCAGGUGAGGAUGCGUCUCCAAGAGCCACUUUAACACUUUAUUUCUCCUUCUUUUUAACCGCGAACGCGUUAUUCCUGUCCCAGGGAGGACGUUUGAGGCGUCCCGGUAACCGAAAUCAUGGAAGACGCAGCAGAGAGCGGCAGUCCUGCGGCGGUCCAGAUGGACGAGGUCCGGAGCAGAGCCCGGUCGCUCCUCCUCUCCUCAGGCUCAGCGCAGGACGUGAAGGCUGAGAUCCAGACCAUGGCCUCCGUCCCGCUGCCCGUGGCUGAGAAGUACGGCCACGUGACGGCGGAGGCCAUGCUGAGGGAGAACACGGCCGGCUGCAGCAAGUCGCAGGCUCUGGACUCGCUGAGUCGGCUGGUCAAGGCCUUGAGCAUCCUGGAGAAGUACGGCUGCAACCUGACGAGCCCCGUCAGGCCGCGGUUCUGGAGGAGCGUCAAGCACAACAACCCGGUGUUCAGAACCACCGUGGACGCCAUCAAGGGGGGCCGGAGGGUCCUGUUCCUCUACGGUUACACCAACCAGCAGAUAGACGGCCUCAGUUUCCCCGACGAAGUCUCCGAGCCGGACAGGGACAAGGUUGCCGCGGUUACGCUGGAGGUGAUGACGCUGCGCGUGGAGGUGGACAUGCUGCUGAAGGGCACGCAUCCUCAUCCCGAACACUUCAAAGACAUCAUCCCAUUUGUCAUCCAGGAGAAGAAGCCGGUGAUCGAGCCGGCGGCCCCCGAGCCGGUGGUCCUGCAGCCCGUGGUCCCCCAGCCCGAAGACGAGGAGAUCCAGGCCGACAAGCCUCCGGUGCCGACUCCUCGGACUAAACCUGCACCAGGAACUGAGCCCGCUCAGCCGCUGAGACCAGCGCCGGCCGCCGCUGCAGCAGCGACUGAGUGCAACCUGUGCGGCCGGCCGGCGGCUCUCCUCUGCCCGUCGUGUGACGACCAGACCUUCUGCGACGCGUGCGACGACCUCUACCACCGCCACCCGUCCAGGGCCAGCCACAAGCGGGACAGCGUCCAGAAGUCCAGCCCGGAGACCUGCAGCAUCUGCGGCGUGUCCGUCGUGCACGCUCACUGCUCCACCUGCGUCCAGAGGCUGUGCCUGAACUGCGACCGGCUCUUCCACUCCCACCCCGACCGCAAAGGCCACAGCCGGACCAGCAUAGCGCCGGCCAAGACCUCCAGUCCGUCUCUGUCGCCGUGGGAAUGUGCUCACUGCACCACGGUGAACGAGAUGCGAGCGGUGCUCUGCGCGACCUGCGAGCGUCCUCGACUCGCCGCGGCCCAGGAGAGCUUCACGUCCGUCCCCACGUCUCCCAACGCAGAGUGGCAGUGCCGGAGCUGCACCGUGGUCAACCAGGGCAGCAGCAUCCUCUGUGAGGUGUGUGAGCGUCCUCGCCUGGCCACCCGGCCGCCCGCCGCCCCGGCGCCGCUGCACCCCGGAGCGCCGUCCGACCCGGGAUCAAAGUGGACGUGUCAGUUCUGCACGUACGUCAACACCAAGCCCUCCGCGCUCUGCGAGAUGUGCAGCCUGUCGGGCAAAGACUCUGCCGGGGUUUCUCUGCCCCAGUCCCUCCAGCAGGCGGCGCCGGGUCCGGGUCUGGGUCCGGGUCUGGGUCCAGGUCCGGGUCCAGGUCUGGAACUGGGUCUGGACCCGGCCCAGCCCGGCGGGAGGCCCCAGCCGCUGCCCCGCCUCAACCUAGACAUCAACCGGCAAAAGAGGAUGAGGGACGACGGGCUGGUGCUCGUACACCAGAUAAGAGAUGCAGAGAAGCGCGGCAUCAGCCCGGAGGAGGUGUACGCGGCCCUGUGCUCGUGCGGCGGCAGCAGCGUCAACCCCUGCGACUGGGUGGCGUCGGAGCUUCCCCACCUGCUGGACGAGAUCUGCGCCAUGGCCGCCUCGGUGCAGCUGAACUACAGCGCGGGGAACGCCGCUGUGCAGCCCUCCGUGGAGCGGGACGGCGGCGACCCCCUGCAGAACGGCAGCGGCGGGGCGGGCAUGAAGCUGUCCAGAGCCGAGGCCAAGCUGGCCUGGCUGGCGGCGGGGGGGGACACGGACCGAGCCGUGAGACAGCUGCUGAGGGACCGACAGGUCAAGAUGAGGGAGCUGCACUCGCUGGGCUUCCGGGACGGCGCCCGCUGCGAGGAGGCCCUGCGGCAGAGCGGCGGCGAGGUCAAGGGCGCCCUGUCCCUGCUGCAGCGCCCCCUGCUGGAGCCCUUCCACCAGCGGAUCUGGAUAGACCAGCCGGAGCCGCCCGUUGACCCCAAACACCCCGACAAGCAGAGGAUGUGCCGGCGCCUGCUGGCGCUGUACGACCUGCCCAGCUGGGGGCGCUGCGAGCUGGCCCUGGCGCUGCUGCAGGAGCCGGACAUCUGCUGCUCGCUGGAGGACGUGGUGCAGGCCGUGAAGGAGUCGCACGACAAGGACUUCAUCAGGCGCCUCCUCAACAACGAGUGUCCGUGCUGCUUGAGCAUCUUCCCCCGCAGCAAGAUGCAGUCCCUGACGUCCUGCCAGUGCAGCGUGUGCCACGAGUGCUUCAGCCAGCACUUCACCAUCGCCAUCAGGGACAAGCACAUCCGGGAUAUGGUUUGCCCCAAAUGCGGCGAGCCGGACAUCAAUGACACGGAGCAGCUGGAGAGCUACUUCUCCACGCUGGACAUCCAGCUGCGGGGCUGCCUGGAGCCGGAGGUUUAUGACCUUUUCCACAAGAAGCUGACGGAGCACACGCUGAUGAAGGACCCCAAGUUCCUGUGGUGCUGCCACUGCACCUCCGGCUUCAUCAACGAUGGGAACCAGCUCAAGGUCACCUGCCCGUCCUGCCGCAAGAGCUUCUGCGCUCAGUGCAAAAAACCCUGGGAGCCGCAGCACCAGGACGUUUCCUGCGAGCAGUUCCAGCAGUGGAAGAGGGACAACGACCCGGAGUACCAGAAGCAGGGCCUGGCCGGCUACCUGAGGGACAACGGCAUCACCUGCCUGGAGUGCGGGUUCCAGUACGCUCUGGCCAGAGGCGGCUGCAUGCACUUCAGCUGCUCCCAGUGCAGAUACCAGUUCUGCAGCGGCUGCAACAACCCGUACCACACGACGGCGUGUAAGGCGGCCCAGUGCAGCUACCCCGGGCUGCACGCCCACCACCCGCGGGACUGCCUCUUCUACCUGCGGGACUGGGAGCCGGCGCGGCUGCAGGCGCUGCUGCAGAGGAACGGCGUGGAAUUCAACACCGACCCUUCAAACGGAGCUCAGACUGACUCGUGCGGCGUGAUGGAGCAGAAGGACGAAGCCGGCCACCAGGUCGACUCCCCGUGUGGCAUCGCCACGCAGCCGGGUCAGGCUGGGCUCUGCGAGAAACACUACAAGGAGUACCUGGUGAGUCUGACCAACGCCCACACGCUGGACCCGGCGCCGCUGUACGACGCCCACGAGCUGGUCCGGGCCUGCGAGCGCUACCAGGUGGACACGCAGAGGGGUGACGGCGAGGAGGACAACGCCUACCACGCCCGCCUGCUCCAGAAGCUGACGGAGGUGCCGCUCGGAGACAAAGUCCCCCGGAAGAAGUGAAGCAUCCCGAGCAUCUAAGACGGAUCCUCAAUCCUGCUGAUCUCUCCUCUUCUUCCUCUCCUCCCUCCAUCCCUCCCCGAGGGGCGGUUUUCUCUUUCCGGUUCUCAGCCUCAACUGUUGACGAGCUUUUAAUUAUCUGCAGAUUUUUGUGGCAUCUCUGAGCUGUGAAACAUUGCCGUCCCUCUGGUUCUGCACAUCUUAUCCCCUGAUUCGUGCCUUAUACUCGCAGAGAUCCGGACUUUGAAAGUAAAACAUUUGAGAUCCUUCUGGAGCCAUUUUGAGCAAUAAAUGACGAGAAGCUGAUAUCUGAUUUUAAUCAUGUUGGACAUGUUUUCUUUGGAUUCCUGUUGUUAAUAAAUUUGGUUUAAAAUCA